AUGAUUGACACCUGUCAAAGUCCCUUGCACAGCCCUUCCAAAGCUCCUGAAAACCAGCUGGCUGUCGGGGACUUGGGAACCACUGCACAAGUACCUUUGCCAGCUCUAUGCGUGGCACUUGAGAAACACCAAACACAAGGCCACCAGCCAUUUUGGUGCCUGCCUGUAUACUCACUGGGAAGCCGUUCCCCUGCUGUCUGUGCAUCAUCAGGUUCCCAGAGACACCAGUAUGAGGAGGAGGAAGAGGAAGAAUAUGUGGAGGAGGAAACAGAAGAAACCAUAGUUGAGACCAAAAAGGAACCGGAGACCCCCAAGCCUGUGCCCCCCAAACCUGCACCCCCCAAGCCUGCACCCCCACCUCCUGCUACUGUCCCUCCUCUUCGCCGAAAAUCUUCUGCUAACUAUCGAGCCUAUGCUAUUGAGCCACAUGAUAAGAGAAAAUCCAAGAUAACAGCUUCUCGGAAAUUGCAACUCAAGACACUGAUGCUCCAGAUGGCAAAGCAGGAAAUGGAAAAGGAGGAAGAAGAGCGUGCCCAAGAGAAAGAGCGAUAUCUCUCAGAACACUGCACCCCCUUAGAACUAGCAGGCUUCGGCCUCACAGAACUGCAGGAGUUGUGCCGGCAGUACCAUGCACAGGGUGGCAAGGUCGAUGAAGAGCGCUAUGAUAUGGAGGCCCGGGUCAACAACAGCAUCAAUGAGAUCCAGGAUUUGAACCAGAAGAUUUUUGACCUGCGAGGCAAAUUCAAGCGUCCAGCUCUUCGCCGUGUCCGCCUCUCAGCUGAUGCCAUGAUGCAGGCCCUUCUAGGGUCCAAGCACAAGGUCUCCAUGGAUCUCCGAGCUAAUCUCAAGCAGGUCAAAAAAGAUGACACAGAGAAGGAGAAUCGGGAGGUGGGUGACUGGCGGAAGAACAUUGACGCUUUGAGCGGCAUGGAGGGGCGCAAGAAGAAAUUUGAGACCUCCACUGCAGGGCAAGCCUGAACUCUAAGAGAUGGGUUCCCUCUGAUCCCCUGAUCUUUAGAUGCUAUUGAGCAUAUUAUGCUCCCUACAUGAUCCCUACAAGAAGACUGUCAUCCCUGACUGCAUGAGCAUUCUCUGUGGUGUGAAUUCCUGUAGCAAAAAGUAGAAAAGUGCACUGUGGUGUCUUGUUCUCCAACCUACUUCCCCUUUUCUUGACUUUUGCGAGAAUCCAGAUUAUGCCAUUCUCCAUAAAAAUGAUCCAUUUUAAACUGGUUGUGCAUAUACCCAAAUUGGUUAUAGGGAAGGAAUGGGCUGAAAGGAGGGUGGGGGUAGAAAAAACUAUAACAGAACACUUUCCCAUUCCAUGCCCUGAUGUGCCCAGAACCUACAAUGCCCUGUAUGUUCAGCAGAGGCUGAAGUGAAUUAAAGAAGGAUCCAACAGCCUCUAGCAAGGUCAAGGUCUUCUUCUGACUUCCUUUCCACACAGAAUGAGUGAUCAUAUGAAUGACAGAAGGGUCCAGUCUGAAGCCAGUUGAAAUCAGUGUGUUUGCAUACAUCUAACUCUGUGUUGAAUUCUGGCCAGUGACUAUCUGUGACCCAAAAGAGGUAGCAAAGACAGCUCUUAUUGGCACUGCCAGUCUAAAAUUAAAUUGAUUGUUCUUCACAUUAACUUUGAAUGCAAAGAAGACAUAGUUUUCACCACAGAGAAAUUCCCUUGUAUACACAGUUAUUUAAGGUGCAGGAGUCUUCUGCUCUUUUGCAUUUGAUCUUCCUCGUAUAGGGAUGCCAAGGGAUGGAACAGGGCUUGGGAACCUCAGAACCAGAGGCCAAAUGUGGCUUUCCAGACUUCUGCAUGUGGACCCCAGGACUCUUCCCAGGCCACACACCCUUUACUGGACCUGCUUCUCACCCUCCUCGACUGUUUUUGCCUGGCUGAAAUGUGUCCUUGAACUCUGAUCCUGCAUGUACAAAUUAGCCUUUUGCACAAAAGUAAAAUUUAUAUUCAUUGGUCUGCUCUCU